GCCGGGCGGCCGAGGCCGUGCGGGAGCGCUGAGGGGCCGCGUCCCGCCGCGGGAUGUGGGAGCGGGGCCUGGUGCUGUCCGCCCCCGGGAAGGUGAUCCUGCACGGGGAGCACGCCGUGGUGCACGGCAAGGUGGCCUUGGCCGUGGCUCUGGACCUGCGCACCUUCCUGCGGCUGAGGCCCUGCCCCGAGAGCCGGGUGUGCGUCCGCCUGCCCGGUGUCGGCGUGGUGAGGAGCUGGGACACCCCCCGCCUCCGCGCCCUGCGGGGGAGCUUCGCAGCUGACUUCGAUGAAUCAAAGCCCCCCAGCUUGGAACAGCUGGACACACUGAGGGAGUUUGCUGGAAUUGCUGCUGGAGCCUCAGCUCCCGAGAGCCUGGCUACUCUUGCCUUUCUUUAUCUGUGCCUGGCUAUUUCAGCUAAGUAUGGAGAUGUGCCCAGCGUGGAGGUGCUGGUGUGGUCCGAGCUGCCCACGGGAGCGGGGCUGGGCUCCAGCGCUGCCUACGCCGUCUGCCUGGCCGCGGCGCUGCUGGCGGCCUGCGGAGCCAUCUCCUGCCCGCUGGAGGAGGGACAGCCCGCCGGCAGGUGGACAGAAGAAGAGCUGACUUUGAUUAACAGCUGGGCCUUCCAGGGGGAGCGGGUGAUCCACGGCAAUCCCUCGGGUGUGGAUAAUGCUGUUGGGACCUGGGGUGGAGCCCUGAGAUACCAAUCAGGAAAAAUCACACCAUUAAAGAGGGUGCCAACACUGAGGAUCUUGCUGACAAACACUAAAGUCCCUCGAAGCACCAAGGUCCUGGUCGCUGGUGUCAAAGAGAAGAUGCUGAAGUUCCCUGCUAUAAUGAACCCGGUGCUGGAGUCCAUUGAUGCAAUUUCUCAGGAGUGCCAAAGUGUUCUGGAAGCAAUGCCUGCAAAUCCAUCACCAGAGUAUUACCCUGUGCUGGAGGAGCUCUUUGAUAUAAACCAGCACCACCUAAACGUGAUGGGUGUCGGCCAUCCCUCCCUGGACAGGCUGUGCCAGGUGACAAGGUCCCACGGCCUGCACAGCAAGCUGACCGGGGCUGGCGGGGGCGGCUGCGGCAUCACCCUGCUGAGACCAGACACCUCCCCACUGGCCGUGGAAGCAGCCAAGCAAGACUUAAGUGCCUGUGGAUUCGAGUGCUGGGAGACCAAUAUCGGGGGCCCCGGCGUGACCCUGCACUCCCCCUCCUCGCUGACGGCCCCGGUGCUGCGUGCACUCUCCCAGAGCUGAGCUGCUGCCUCUGGCAAGGCUGGGCUCCUGGCAGCAUGUCCUCAGGGGGCAGCUGUGCCUGCUCUGCUGUCUGGAAACUUCUGUCUGGGUGGCCGAGGGCUUCUAGACACAGAGCCAAUGUUGGGCCUGGUGUCCCUGGGAGCAGUGGCUGCUGUGGGAACCUGGGAGCAACUGCUUGGGCUGGGUGCGAGGUUUGACCCAGGCUCUCAAAAUCUUGUUUUAAAUUUACUGAACUGCUGUGCUAAUCCUGAAGGGCAGGUGAGAGAGGGGCUUGGCUGGAUUCCAGCAUGGAUAAUGACACUUUGCUUGGUUCUGUUGCUUAGGAUGCAUGUGGUGUAUCUUCCCUUCUCUCCGGUGUCCCGCGGGGCGGGCAGCACAGCAUGUGAGGUGGAUGUGCAGAGUGCUCUGACAUUUUUGGGUGAAAAGCAUCUUGGCAGCUCAGGGCUUGACACUCAGGUCUCUGUUUCUCUUGGAUUGCAAUUCAGGGGGGAGAGGAAACUUUUAAAUAUGCCUCCUACCUGCUGCUAAUUAUGAAUUGGGUAUUAAACUGAGAAAACACAUUUCUAAUGAAACUAUCACUGUUUCUGCUCUUUCCUGCAAUCUCUGCCUGGGCUGAUAAACAGGGUCCUGUGACCAGGCUCUGGUUCCUGCUCACGUGUUGAAGGUCUGGUUCAAACUGUCACGUGUGAGGAGGGUGGCUGAAGGCAAGGAAAUCUGAACGUUCCCCUUGCCAUGGCUGUUCUGGGUUCUCUCACACUUCAGCCUUCAACCAACUUCAAUUCCCCUGCCUGUCCUGUUGAGAGUGUAAAACGUGCCACGAGGGGAGGCUGUGAUGGAGGGGGGUCAGGACAGAGCAACAUGGAUUUGGUUUGGUUUGAAGUAGUUCGUUUUAAAUAGGAAAAAAAAAAAACAAACCACCAACCACCUCCUUAAAAGCUGACCAUAGCUUGCAACUGGCAAACUGUGAAACCUAAAUGCAUUUAAACUCAUUACACAAAUGUAAAUGCAGUUUUUAGUGUUGAAAUUUUAAUGAGUUGAACCACAGAACUAAAGGGAAUUGGUAGGUAAGUGGCUGAAGCCAGAGGAUCCUGAAGGAAUAAGCUGACUCUCAGUGGCUGGGGUGCCGUCUUCACCUGCCAGAGAGAUUUUAUCAUUGUGCUGUUUGUCUGGGGUUUUUUAAGGGUAGCUCUGUUCAAAAGUGCUUAAUUCAAAGCUGGGUAAUAGAUGUUCAGGGGAGUGGGAAGUUACCUUCCUCUUCCAGUGCAGGCAUAAAAAAAUAGGAGAAGUUGAGCUGUACUAGCUCUGAAAUCCCAGCGUUGUGAUGACCAGCUUUAGUUCACUGAUCAGGUGUAAAACUGUCUCUGCUUUUAAUAAAUUGGUGGGGUUUUAUGUGCAAAGCGUUCUUUGAUAAUUAUGCUGGAUACAAAAGGGAAAAAACCCCUUACACUGCUUCAAUACAAACAGGUUUCAGAUGCUGGGUUUCUACAUGUCUAAUUACAAUUACAAUUUGCAUCCGAGAGCGGCUUUACGCUAAUCACAAGUCAGAAAGCCUGAUAAAUAAUUUACCAUUUUCUAAUACAGUGUAAUCAAUGUGAGGAGCUGGAAGUGUGUUGACUACAACCACUUAAAUGUGUCUGUAGUUUCUCCUGGUUAGCACAAAGAAAUGCCAAAUUCAGUGCGAAGAAACUUCACUUCAAAACAACAUGUCUGGGCUUGAAAAGAAAUAAUCAACAUUUUUAUUCA